GGUCUAAUCAUGGGUGUGUUCUUCUGGGGCUAUGCACUCACGCAGUAUCUGGCUGGCUAUCUGAGUGAUCGACUGGGGGGCGAAGUGGUGAUCUGUCUUUCAUCUUCAAUCUGGUCACUGACAACAAUCGCUACCUUACUUUGUGGUUCACUCGGUUCCUAUCUGGUCACCGCCGCGAAUUGGCGCACCCCGUUUGCCAGUAUCGGUUUGAUGUUCGUCACAUGGUCUUUGCUGACCUAUUUGUUCAUGGUUCGACCCAGACGACGGAAACGAUCUGCUUGGCACUCGAGUUCGCCUGUCACUUUUCGCAUUCCGUCCGCCACAUCCAUGUACUUAGCUGUCCCUGAUUCAGACAACUCAGAAACCGAGUUGCGGGAAUCCAAAGUAUUCAACACCACCACCAGCAGCGUCAUCACGAAAGAGAAAACACAGCUUGUGGAAAAAAAUUUGUCAAUUGAAAUGGAACGUCCUAUCCCAGUCGGAAAACCGAUGGACUGGGACAAACUGUUGCGUCAUCCACCGUUCUGGUAA